UAAUCUAACCUUAUCUCCUCUCACCUUCCCGCGCUCCUCACCCUCCAAUGGCGGCGGCGAUCGCCGGCGCCGCCGCAUCCACCGCCGUAUCCAUCACCUGCUCCUCCUACUCCUACGAAGACGACGGAGCCGCCACCUCAUGGUCGCUCUCAUCCGGCACGUCGUCGUCGUCCUCCUCCUCCCAGCGCCAGCGCCCGUACCGGCGCCUCCUCCACGACGAGGCGCAGCGCCUCCGCCGCGAGCGCCGGGGGCAAGGGAGCGGCGCGCACACGCCCCGGUGGGUCCGCCGCACCCCGGACCAGAUGGCCCGCUACGUCGAGGACGACCGCGCCGGCCACGUGUACGGCCGCCACGUGGUCGCCGCCGUCCGCGCGGCGCGCGCCACGGCGUCCUGCUCCAGCCCCUCCUCCGCCGACAUGCGCGAGGCCAUGGCGUCGUUCGUCGCGAAGCUCACCUUCCGCGAGAUGUGCUUCGUGCUCCACGAGCUCCGCGGCUGGCGCCAGGCCCGCGAUUUCUUCGCCUGGAUGAAGCUUCAGCUGUGCUACGAACCGAGCGUUGUCGCCUACACAAUCCUUCUCAGAUUGUACGGUCAGGUUGGGAAGGUCAAGCUCGCCGAGGUGACAUUUCUUGAGAUGCUUCAGGCCGGGUGCGAGCCAGACGCAGUGGCAUGUGGAACCCUCCUGUGCGCGUACGCAAGAUGGGGGAAGCUCAAUGACAUGUUGAUGUUCUACGCCGCGGUGCGCCGCCGCGACAUUGUGCCCUCCAUCUCGGUCUUCAAUUUCAUGGUCUCAUCUCUGCAGAAGCAGAAAUUACAUGGCAAGGUAAUCCACCUGUGGGAGCAGAUGCUGGAAGCCAAUGUUGCCCCAAAUCAGUUCACAUAUACAGUUGUGAUCGGGUCAUAUGCCAAGGAAGGUAUGUUGGAGGAGGCCAUGGAUGCAUUUGGUGAGAUGAAGCGCCGCAGAUUUGUGCCGGAGGAGGCGACAUACAGCCUUCUGAUCAGCUUGUGUGCCAAGCAUGGCAAAGGGGAAGAGGCAUUGGGGCUUUAUGAUGAGAUGAAGGUUAAGAGUAUUGUCCCAAGCAACUACACAUGUGCAUCUGUCCUGACACUCUAUUACAAGAAUGAGGAUUACUCGAAGGCGCUUUCGCUGUUCUCUGAGAUGGAGCAGAAUAAGAUUGUUCCUGAUGAAGUUAUCUAUGGAAUUCUUGUUAGGAUAUAUGGUAAGCUUGGGCUUUAUGAGGACGCGCAGCGUAUGUUCGAGGAGAUUGACAAGGCAGGUCUUUUGAGCGAUGAGCAAACUUAUGUGGCAAUGGCUCAAGUUCAUAUGAAUGUCCAAAACUAUGAUAGAGCAUUGCAAGUUUUGGAUGCUAUGAGGGCGAGAAAUGUAAAGCCAUCACAAUUCUCCUACAGUGCUCUUCUCCGAUGUCAUGUGGCAAAGGAAGAUGUGGAUGCUGCUGAAGAUACUUUCAGAGCUCUCUCCAAUUAUGGCCCGCCCGAUGUGUUUUGCUGUAAUGAUCUUCUCAGGUUAUAUAUGAGGCUUGGCCAUCUAGACAAGGCCAGGGCACUCAUUCUGAAAAUGAGGAAGGAAGCUCUCCAGUUUGAUGAGGAUCUAUGUGUGACUGUGUUGGAAGUUUGUUGCAAAACCAGUAUAAAUAAGGAUACGGAUAAUUUAACUGAAGUGAUUCAGAAUGAAGGUAGCUCAUCAAAGGUGCUAAAUCCAACAGAUAGUUCAACACUUAGUAUGAUGUUGAAAUCCUUGUUGGACAAACCUGGGGGCUUGUCCAGUGUGUCCCAAUUGAUCAUGAAAUUUGCUAGGGAAGGGAGUACAGAUGAGGCCAAAUUCCUCUAUGAACACCUUACUGAAUUGGGAGCCAAGCCUGAUGAUACUGCAAUAGCUACUUUAAUUGUACAAUAUGGCCAGGCCCAGCAGUUGGAACAAGCACAAAAACUGUUUGAGACAGCAUCAACAUCGUUUCCAGUAGGAGGAUCUGUCUACAAUGCAAUGGUUGAUGCAUUGUGCAGAUGUGGCAAAACUGAGGAGGCAUAUCGUCUUUUCAUGGAAUUGAUCGAUCAAGGUCAUAAUGGAGAUGCCGUGACAAUAAGCAUACUUGUCACACACCUGACUAAGCAAGAGAAAUUUCAGGAGGCAGAAAACAUCAUAUAUCGCUGUUUACACGAUGAAGCUGAGCUCGACACUGUUGUAUAUAAUACUUUUAUCAAGUCAAUGCUUGAAUCAGGCAAACUGUACUCAGCUGUCAGCAUAUAUGAUCGCAUGAUAUCUUCUGGCAUUCCUCGGUCCAUGCAGACAUUCAAUAUAAUGAUAAGUGUUUAUGGCCAAGGAGGAAAGCUGGAGAAGGCUGUUGAAAUGUUUAGUGCUGCACAGGAACUAGGCUUACCGAUUGAUGAGAAAACAUACACAAACAUGCUUAGUUUCUAUGGAAAAGCAGGGAAGCAUCAUGAGGCAUCCUUACUGUUCAGUAGAAUGAAGGAAGAUGGUAUCAGGCCUGGAAAGAUCAGCUUCAACACCAUGAUCAAUGCCUAUGCCACUUCAGGAUUGCACAAUGAGGCAGAGAUUAUAUUCCAAGAAAUGCAGAAAAACAAUCAUGUGCCUGAUUCGCACACAUAUCUUGCUUUGAUCAGAGCAUACACUGAGGGUAAAUGCUACUCCAAAGCUGAGGAAGCCAUCCAGAUGAUGCUGAGAAGCAACAUGACCCCUUCAUGCACUCAUUUCAACCAUCUCAUUUCCGCCUUUCUGAAGGAAGGUCAGAUUGAUGAAGCCCAGAGGAUGUACAACCAAAUGGAGGAGGCAGGCAUACCUGCUGACUUGGCAUGUUGUCGGACGAUGAUGAGGAUGCAUCUGGAUCACGGUUACGUCGAUGAUGGCAUCUUGUUCUUCGAAACGGCAUGUCGACUUCUGAAACCGGAUAGCUUCAUCCUGAGUGCUGCAUUUCAUCUCUAUGAACAUUCAGGCAGGGAGUCUGAAGCUGGGGAUGUCCUAGAUGCCAUCAAUAUGAGUGGUGCCUCUUUCUUGCGUAAUCUAAAGGUUGGAUCAAAGUUGGAGCAAGUGAGAAAUGAUACACAUGCAUCUUGAACAAGCUGUGAGUAUCAUGUCGGAUGAAACCGCUGUUAAAACCGCUCGAGGGAGGCAAUAUAAACCAGUAUUAAUAACCGAGUCUAGUUUUUUUUUUUUUUGGUUUGCUAUUUUACUUGCGACAUAUUUUUGGGCUAGUAUCUUUCACUUUUUCAUAUGUAGGAUCUUGCAUCAAGAUUCGUAUUAUUGUAUAUCGAACUUUUACACUCGAUUACAAAUGCACCAGAAUUAAAUUUUAUAACUUUUUUCUCGA